GAAGAGGUCAAACAGGGCAAAGUGAAGCCGAAGCCAGGGUCAGGGGCGGAGGUCGGAACAGGCUCAGGCAUUGAUGGCGUCUGAGUGGCUGGGAGUGCGUUCAAUCUCUUCCUUAAAUUCAUGACUUAGGGGCGGAAAUCUCGUCCAACACUCGUCACCAUGGCUUCAUCUUGGGAAAACUUCAUAGCAUCAUCGUCUACCAACCCCACUCCCACCGCAGCCCCCUCCACCAGCCCCACCACCCCUGCCCCGCCAGCCCCAGCCCCCCCGCAGCCCCCACAGACCCCGAUCACCGCCCCGCCCCAGCAGUACCCGCCUUCAGACCCCCAUCAACAGCCUCAUGCAUUCCAGUACUCGCAAACUCAGUAUCAGGGGCUUAGAGUUACUGCCCCUACACAUGCGAUAGUUGGGGGUGCUGGUUCAGCUACCCCCGCCCCCCAGACACCCAUUGGGGGGCCUCCAGGGGGCGGGCCGGGGGUACAAGAGACCGAUUUACCCCCAGAAAUGUUGGCGGUUGGCUGGAGAAAAUUUUGGAGUAAGAGAGAGCAGAGAGUAUAUUUUUGGAACCGCGGCACAGGGGAGAGUCUGUGGGACAUGCCCCACCCACACCCCAACUACGACCCCAUCAGUGACCCCCUCGGAAUACAGAACACCCCCAUCUCCCCCACUGCUGCCCCUGCUCUGUCUGGGUUGAAGAGGAGGGCGUCCGAGGAGGCUACUGGUGCCCCGCUGGCAAAGAAAUUUGUGUUGGCCGGCCCGUGGGACUUGGAGAUCCCGACAAACGUAAUCAUGUUUGAACGACCGCCCAUCACCCUGCCGCAGCCCUACCCGAGUGUUGAGGUGUUACGAGGCCAGCUUGUCAACAAACUUCGGCUCGGCUAUCAGGAAAUGUCACAGGCUAGGCAAGGCAUUGACGCCCCCAGAGACUCCUUCAGUAGAUGGCUGAUGGAGCGGAAGGUGGUGGAUCAUGGGUGGGACCCCCUGCUCCCCUCCCAGUGCUUCCCCGAGGUCAGUCAGUCCAUGUACCGAGAGAUCAUGAACGAUAUUCCCAUUAAGCUGGAACGACCAACAUUCACCGGCAAGGCUCGUAAACAGCUGUCUAAGUACGCGGAGGCCGCCAAACGGAUGAUUGAGACAAGCCGCAACGCAAGCCAGGAGAGCCGUAAAAUUGUGAAGUGGAACGUGGAAGACACAUUUCAGUGGCUGAGGCGGACUGUUGGUGCCACAUUCGACGACUACAUGGACAGGCUGGCCCACCUCAAGAGACAGUGUCAGCCCCACCUUACUGAGGCAGCCAAGCAGAGUGUGGAGGGAAUCUGCACAAAAAUAUAUAACCUGUCGGUGGAGCACGCAAAAAAGAUCCGAGAGAAACACUUACAGAUUCUGGAGGAAAAUAACAUUAGAGAGGUCGGCGUGCCCCCAGUGAGCGGCCUACGCAAGGUGUGGUGUUACCCUGUGCAGUUCACCACCCCAUCACCCCGGCCACCCCCGAUAGACUUCCUACAAGAUAAAGACAUGACGUGUUUGAGGUACAACGGGGAGAGUCUUCGAAUCAACACCCCAUAUUUCCACAAGCUGGAGCAACUUUACCGCUACAACUGCUUCGACGACCGCAAGUUUGAGCUGUUCUUGCCUCGAGUGUGGUGUUUGCUCAAGCGGUACCAGUCGCUGCUUGGCACCAACCCUAACGAGGGCCACACCACCCAGUGCGGACUACCGACGACAGUGAUGGAAUGCCUCAACAAGCACUUCAACGUCACCUUCGAGUGUUUCGCCUCUCCCCUGAACUGCUACUUCCGUCAAUACUGCUCUGCGUUUGCCGACACCGACUCCUACUUUGGGUCCAGGGGGCCCAUCCUUGACUUCAAACCGGUGUGUGGGUCGUUUGGCCAACCCCCGUUCUGUGAGGAGCUGAUGGAAGCCACUGUCCGCCACUUUGAGAAGCUUCUGUCAGAGUCGCAGGAACCGCUGUCCUUUAUCGUGUUUGUGCCAGAGUGGAGGGAACCCGCACCUUCUGCUCUGCUCCACCUUGAGGCCUCCAGGUUCAACAGAAAACAGAUUGUCUUGCUUCCGUUUGAGCACGAAUACAGGCACGGUUUCCAGCAUUUUAUUUCCAAGUCGGAAAUGGUGUUGAAAAGCGGGCAUGGAACAGUUGCGGUGUGGCUUCAAAACGACACUGGCUUCGCUCGUUGGGGUCCCACGCCGGAGAAGGUUGACGCGCUACUAGAAGCCUUUAGACCAGGGAAGGAAAGAGACCGGGACCGCCAAGAGAUGCUGUCCCCCCCAGGAGAGACCCCCCAGCAGAGGCACCACCCCCUUACGUAGAAGUUAAGCCCCAGGUUGUCCCCCUAGCCCCGUCCCCGCAUCUCUCCCAGCCCCCACCCGCUGUCCCUGUGACGGUUGGCGCUGUGGUGACGGCUUCCGGGGCUGGUUCGACGUCUGUGGGGGCUGUGUCGUCACCACCGCAGCCGCAGCAGCAGCCACAGCCGCCAGCCACAGCCGCGACUACCACAGCUGCCGCUACUUCAAUAUAAUGUUUAAAUAAUGUGUUUUUUUUUGUUUUUUAAUUGUUUUUUAAUGUUUUUUAGUGUUAUUUUCAUUUUGUUGUUCCUUGAAACUUACAACUACGGUUUCUAUGUAUACAUUAUAAAUAUAUAUAUAUAUAUACAUACAUACAUACAUAAAUAUGGUUAUAUUUUUAUUAGUAAAUGGUGUGAAUCGUAGAUGCUGUACAAAGAUUAGCUCUCUCUCUCUCUCUCUCUCUCUCUCUCUCUCUCUCUCUCUCUCUCUCUCUCUCUCUCUCUCUCUCUCUCUCUCUCUCUCUCUCUCUCUCUCUCUCUCUCUCUCUCUCUCUCUCUCUCUCUCUCUCUCUCUCUCUGUGUGUGUGUGUGUGUGUGUGUGUGUGUGUGAUUGUUGAAGAUUUUGCAAAGAUUUUUAAGUAACAAAGCACUCUCUCUCUCUCUCUCUCUCUCUCUCUCUCUCUCUCUCUCUCUCUCUCUCUCUCUCUCUCUCUCUCUCUCUCUCUCUCUCUCUCUCUCUCUCUCUCUCUCUCUCUCUC